CUAACAACAGUGCUAAGGAGAUUACAGAAACAACAACUGAUAUUCUACUGAAAGAGGUUCAAAGGUUACCUGGGUGCAGUGUUACCUGUUUAUUAAAGCCACACUCUGAUGAUUUGGGGCUUAGUCCUGCCACGGGAGCUGGGAAAGCACCACUGGAGCUGGGGAAGAACCAACCCUAGAACACCCCCUGGGAGUUGUAAAGCAGCAAAGGAAGCAAGCUGUAUCAGCCCCUCCACCCUCCUCCAGCACUGAAGGAAGGUUCAACUCUGGCUCCACUGAUCCAGCACAAUGAUCUGGAUACUUCAAGUAUUGUUCUCACCGCUCCCAACACCAGCACUGAUCAGUCUCAUCACUUUUGGAGCUGUCAUCUUCCUGUGGGUGAUAAGCAGGCCAAAACCCCUUUUACCUCCUGUUGACUUGAACAAGCAGUCAAUAGGAAUUGAGGGAGGAGCCAGAAGAGGUGCAGUCUUGACAGAUAAUAACCUGGUUUCUUAUUACUUUGAAGAUGCUAAAACCCUGUAUGAAGUUUUCCAGAGAGGAGUGAAUAUUUCUGGAAAUGGUGACUGUCUAGGUUACAGGAAACCCAAGCAACCUUAUCAGUGGCUGACAUACAAACAGGUUUCGGACAGAACUAAAUACCUGGGAUCAGGGCUUCUGCAAAAAGGAUGCCAAGCAUCAUCAAACCAGUUUAUUGGCAUUUUUGCUCAGAAUAGGCCAGAGUGGAUCAUUUCAGAGUAUGCCUGCUACACCUAUUCAAUGGUUGCUGUUCCGCUCUAUGACACUCUGGGACCAGAGGCCAUUGUAUAUAUUGUUAACAAAGCUGAACACUGUAAACUGAUCUGUGACACGCCUGCGAAGGCAGAGGUCUUGCUUAAGAACUGUGAGGAAAAAAAGACCCCAUGUCUGAAGAUUAUUGUUCUCAUGGAUCUCUUUGAUAAAGAGCUCAAGGACAGAGGAGCUAAAGUGGGGAUUGAAAUUCUGUCACUGCAGGAAGUUGAGGAGCUGGGAAGAAACAACAUCAGAGAACCAGUUCCUCCUAAGCCUGAAGACCUUUCUGUUGUGUGUUUUACAAGUGGAACCACAGGUAACCCUAAAGGAGCCAUGCUGACACAUCAGAAUGUUGUUUCAAAUGCUGCUGCCUUCCUCAGAUGCACAGAGAACACAGUUGAGUGUUCAAGUUCAGAUGUUGCCAUUUCCUAUCUUCCUUUGGCUCACAUGUUUGAGAGAGUUGUACAGACCGUCAUAUACAGCUGUGGAGCAAAAGUAGGCUUCUUCCAAGGAGAUAUCAGGCUGCUAACAGAUGACAUGAAAACCUUGAAGCCAACGCUAUUUCCAGUUGUACCAAGACUGCUCAAUAGAAUAUAUGACAAGAUCCAGAGUGGUGCAAACACCCCAGUAAAGCAAUUCCUGUUAAAAUUUGCUGUGUUUAUGAAGAUGGCUGAAAUAAAACAGGGCAUCAUUCGAAAUGACAGCAUUUGGGACAAGGUUGUCUUCAAAAAAGUUCAGGAAAACAUGGGUGGAAGAGUGCGUAUCAUGGUGACAGGUGCAGCCCCUAUAUCUCCCUCUGUCCUGACAUUUCUUAGAGCAGCAUUAGGCUGUCAGAUCUUUGAAGGUUAUGGCCAGACUGAAUGCUCAGCUGGAUCCACUUUCUCAAUGCCUGGAGACUGGACAACAGGCCAUGUUGGAGCCCCUCUGGCUUGUAAUAUCAUAAAACUAGAUGAUGUGGAAGAAAUGAGCUACUUCUCUUCUAACAAUGAAGGCGAGGUCUGCAUUAAAGGACCAAAUGUGUUCAAGGGUUAUCUGAAAGACCCUGAGAAGACAGCAGAAGCAAUUGAUAAAGAUGGCUGGCUCCACACUGGAGACAUAGGGAAAUGGUUGCCAAAUGGAACACUGAAGAUCAUUGAUAGGAAGAAGAAUAUAUUUAAACUUGCACAAGGAGAAUACAUUGCUCCAGAGAAGAUAGAAAAUGUCUAUAUUGAAAGUGCUCCUGUAGCCCAGGUCUUCGUACAUGGGGAAAGUCUGAGGUCUUUUCUAAUAGGUAUAGUGGUUCCUGAUGCUGAGAUGCUUCCAGAAUUUGCAGCAAAACUGGGAGUAAAAGGUUCCUUUGAAGAGCUCUGCAAAAACCCUGCAGUGAAGAAAGCUAUUUUAGACGAUAUGAUCAGACUGGGGAGAGAGGCUGGCCUUAAAUCCUUUGAACAAGUUAAAGACCUGUACAUCCACACAGAGCUGUUCUCUGUAGAAAAUGGUCUCUUGACGCCAACACUGAAGGCAAAGCGAGGAGACCUUGUUAAAUACUUCCAGAAGGAGAUUGAGGCCCUCUAUUCAUCUACUCAGGAAUAAAUGGCCAGUUUCAUUUAGACUGCAUGGAGAAGCUAAAUCUGUGAUACUACAUGGCCUAUGGUGAAAACAGGCUUGAGUGGAGGGGAACAGGAACUUAAAUGUAUUUGUUUCUAGUACCUGAGAAAAAUGACUUGUGGAUGAAGAUGGCUGUCCUGUAACUAACAACCAGCAGUGUUAACAUCGUGUGGGACUGAGCUUCAACUUCAAAGCCAGAACUUGCAUCUUGCUUGGACUAUGACUGAAAUGCAAAAACAUGCAAGAACCUCAGCCUUUAAAAGACUAUGCACUUCUGACUGUCAAAACCAAAUCUUAUUUUCCUGCUGAAACUAUGAACUCUGCUGUGACCUGUUGUGGAUUGAUCUGCAAUCAGACUGAACUCAGUAUGAAUUCAUGCUAACAUCUGUUUAGCAAACACAGAAGUGAAUUUCCUGAUCCUAGUCCUGGACCACAUGGUACAAGUUGUUUAUAAUGAAAACGAGUAAUCUGGUAUCAGCUGGUUUGCAAAAUACAAAUGUCUACAGCAAACAGUUUAUCCUUUAGGAGGCACUGGAUCAGUUUUUGCACAUUUUCAAAUGAAAUGGCAGUGUUAAAGCCUUUACACUUAUGAAUUUGACGCUAAUAAGUGUAAAACUUUAGCUGUCAAUCCUAAGGAUACAGGAUACAAUAAAUUGAGACUACAAAAUCAAA